UGAGACUUUUCGACCGGCUGCACGCGAUCGCUAAGCCAGCAAGGCGCGCUGGCUAGCCGCGUCCAUAAAUAAAUAAAUUAUAAUAAAAAUAAAAGUCGUCGUCGCCGCCUCCCUCGCCGUCGACGACUCACCGCGGCGGCGUCGGUGGUGGCCGGACACCUCAUCCCCGGCCCACCAUGCGGGAGCCCACCAAACCCCUCUCCCCCCGCCCAAGCCGCGGCCGCUGCCGCCUCUGCGGCCUCUGCCUCGGCUCCGCGCUCCUCGCCAUCGUCGUCUCCACCCUCGCCCACCUCCUCUCCCCGCCGCCUCAGCCUGCCCCCUCCCCGAGCUUCUCCGUCGUCAUAGACGGCGGCAGCACAGGUACCCGGGCCCACGUAUUCUCCCUGGGGCCCGACGGCCGGCCGGAUCUGGCGCGCUCCGCCGUGAUGCGCGUCUCCCCGGGGCUCUCCUCUUUCGCCGCGGACACGGCGCGCGCGGGGGAGUCGUUGCGGCCGCUGUUGGAAUUUGCCAAGGACAAGGUAGGGGGCGAGGGGGCCGCCGCAGCGACAGAGGUGCGGCUGAUGGCAACCGCUGGCCUGCGGCUGCUCGAGGAGAGCGUCCGGGAGGCGAUAUUGGUGUCCUGCAGGAACGCCCUCAGGGCCUCCGGGUUCCGGUUCGAGGACUCAUGGGCCAAGGUGAUCCCAGGUUCUGAUGAAGGCGUCUAUGCUUGGGUUGCGGCAAACUAUGCUAUGGGCACACUUGGAGGUGAUCCUCACAAAACAAUUGGAAUAAUUGAACUCGGGGGUGCUUCAGCUCAGCUGACGUUUGUUUCCGACGAAGUACUUCCUCUGGAACUAUCAACUAAUUUUACUUUUGGGGAAACAACAUACACCCUCUAUAGCAACAGCUUUCUAAACUUUGGACAAAAUGCAGCACAAGACUCGUACCGUGAAAUGCUGAAGUCAAGAGGAUCUUCCAAAAACGGUACACUUGUUGAUCCUUGUGCCCCUAAAGGAUUUUCUCACAAAAGGAAAGUAUUGGCGAGAACAGGCGGUGCGUCAAGAUCAAAUUUAGAGAAUCAAUAUGUUGAUAAUGGAAGCGGAAACUAUAAAGAAUGUAGAUCUUCUUCACUGAUGAUGAUGCAAGAAGGAAAGGAAAGGUGCGAGUAUCAACGAUGUCACCUAGGAUCUAAUUUCGUCCCUGAGCUGCUUGGGCAUUUCCUAGCAACUGAAAAUUUCUAUUUUACAUCCAAGUUCUUUGGACUAGAUCGGUCUUCAUCGCUCUCUGAUUUUGUGGUUGCUGGAGAGCAACUUUGCAACAAGGACUUGUCCACGCUGAGACAAACGUAUCUCAAUCAUUCAGAUGAAGAUUUCUCACGGUAUUGCUUCUCGUCGGCAUACAUUGUAGCUCUACUGCACGACAACCUUGGUGUACCAUUGGAUGACAAGAGGAUCGAGUAUUCAAAUCAGGUCGGCGACACUCAUAUUGAGUGGGCUCUAGGAGCUUUCAUUGCAAAUACAAAACAUAGGAUUCUAGGGGCAUCAGGGGCUGCGGCAACACGGGCACCUAAGCAUAGACCAGUGCUCGCCGUGCUGGGAGCGUUUCUUGCUUGCGGAGUAUUUUUGGGGUUGAGAUGGAGGAAGCCCAAGACAAAGAUUAUAUAUGAUUUAGAGAAAGGCCGAUACAUUAUGACACGCAUCAGCUGACGCUGAGCGUUGUGCAGGUGGUGGAGCAUGAAGGGUAGCACACUUGUGUGUGGCGUGUAUUGAAACGCUGUAGAACAUUUUGUUACAUACUAAUAGUAUGUACUGGCAUAUAAUGUACAAUUUUGUACUAAAUCAGUGACACUUAUUUUGGGACAAUUUUGUACUAAAUCAGUGACACUUAUUUUGGGACGGAGAGAGUAUAUUAAUCUUAGCUCAAGUUGUGAUA